ACGCGCAGCGGCGGCGCCGAGGCGGCUUCCGGGCGCCGGCGGGCCCGCCCCGCCUCUCCGCUGCCGCCGCCAUCAUGGUGUUCAAGCGCUUUGUGGAGAUUGGCAGAGUUGCCUUCAUCUCCUUCGGGCCACAUGCUGGCAAACUGGUGGCCAUCGUGGAUGUUAUUGACCAAAAUAGGGCACUGGUGGAUGGCCCCUGCAGUGGUGUCAGGAGGCAGGCCAUGCCCUUCAAGUGCAUGCAGCUGACUGACUUUGUCCUGAAGUUCCCACACAGUGCUCGUCAGAAGUGUGUGCGACUUGCCUGGGAGAAGGAAAAUAUAAAUGAAAAAUGGUCAGCGACAAGAUGGGCAAAGAAGAUUGAGGCUCGAGAAAAGAAAGCCAAAAUGACUGACUUCGAUCGCUACAAGGUGAUGAAAGCGAAGAAAAUGAGAAACAGAAUCAUCAAGCAUGAAAUGAAGAAGCUCCAGAGAUUGGCUUCUAAAAAAGGCAAGAAGCCAGGGAAGCCAGGGAAGGCACCAAAGGGCAAAAAGCCAGAGAAGGCACCCAAGGCUAAGAAGCCAGAGAAGGCGCCAGCACCCAAGGCACAGAAGGCACAGAAAUAAAAUGAACUUCUCAUUAUGUAUAACUGUGUCCUUGUUCUAGUUUUAAAAUUACAAACACUUGAUUUAAAUUUUAAUCAUACGUUUGUUUUUAUUUCUGACCAAGAGUGGUUGUCUGUCUCAUUUUUAAUGUCCAAGUGUUGGAUUCUGUUACACCCCAGGAACAUGCAGAAAUGCUUUUGCCAUGCUGUGCCCAGUGCUCUGUACCCAAUUCUAGUUGAAAUAAUUGCAUUUCCCAUUAUUUGAAGUAGGUCAGAUCCUGACAUUUAAAAGCAGUCUGUUAAUGAAAUUGGUUGGGAAUGGACAAUACUACUUGAACAGUCUUGAGUGCAAAAUGUGUGAAAAUAAUCACACAGUUCUGUAUAAAUUCAGUCAUAUGCUGAAAGGAUGUGUUCUUGUUAGAAUACAAGAAUAUCAGCGUUUUAAAGACUUGACAAAUUGCUGUUCAAACACUAAAUUAUUUUCUAGAAAACUUCCCGGAUUUUUUAAGUAGUGACCUGGAAUACUUGGAUGCUUCAGAUGUCAAGCACCUUAGUUGCCCUGUAAGACAGUUACAGCAAUUUGUGAUGUGCUAACGAGAUGGAAUUUGUCGCCAUGUAUUUCAAUAUGCUUGCUUUUUGGAAUGCUUAAGGGUAAGAUUUUGUGUCAAGACCUGAGAUUAACUCCAAUUCCUUAAACUAUGAAGCAUAUAAUUUCCCUAUUUAAUCAAAACCAUCAAGUAAAAGGGAACAUGACCUAAAAAUUAGUUCAUCUGAAACACUGAACUGCUCAAUUUAGUCUUUGCAUUAUAAAAUAAUGCUUACAAAUCUCAGCGUCAGCAUGCAUGUAAUUUCCUUUGUUUCCCCCUGUCGUUUCUUGGCAGGAGAUAAAUUUUCUUCACAUUGAUUGGAGAAAUCUUGGAAGUCUGAGGUAUCUGGUAAUUUAAAAGCAAAUUAUUUUUUCAGUCAAAUAUAAGUUGGAGGAUAUUGUAUAUGUUUUAAAGAAUGAAGGUUUUGAGACCUUUAUAUCGUUAUAUACAUACUUAAAAUAUAUGUUGUCAAGUACA